CUAUUUAAGUGGUUUUAGUAGAGGGCUUUUUGAGAAUGAAUUGAACCCGUAUCAAGGAAUAGCCUGCAGGGUGAUAAAAGUAAAGGGAUUUUAUCUUGUGUGUAUCUUGCCGCAUGCAAUUACAACUUCUUAGGCAAUGAAACAAAUGAAUUGGGUUGAUAACCAAAACACCCCUCUGGAGGCUUUGAUCAUGUACACCUGAGAUGAGCACCAGAAAACUACUAUCCACCACUCAUUUUCACCCAAUUCCACUCAUAGUGAGAAACUCCAUUCAAUUAGUCCAAAACUGCACAACCCCACCAAACCCACCAUUCAUUCCAAAAGGGCCCUCCGUUUUGGCCACAACUCUCAUCAAAUCGUACUUUGGAAAGGGCUUAAUUGGAGAAGCACGUACACUGUUUGAUGAAAUGCCUGAGAGAGAUGUGGUUGCAUGGACAGUCAUGAUUGCUGGCUACACCUCAUGUAACAACCAUACUCAUGCAUGGAUGGUGUUCUGUGAGAUGAUGAAUGAAGAGCUUGACCCAAAUGCAUUUACCAUAUCAAGUGUCUUAAAGGCUUGUAAAGGAAUGAAGUGUCUUUCAUAUGGGAGGCUUGUUCAUGGGUUGGCUAUUAAGCAUGGCUUAGAUGGUUUUAUUUACGUUGAUAAUGCACUAAUGGACAUGUAUGCCACUUGUUGUGUUAGUAUGGAUGAUGCAUGCAUGGUUUUUCGUGGUAUUCAUUUGAAGAACGAGGUAUCAUGGACUACUUUGAUUGCAGGGUACACUCAUAGAGAUGAUGGCUAUGGUGGGCUUCGCGUUUUCCAGCAAAUGUUAUUGCAGGAGGAAGUGGAAUUGAACCCGUUUAGCUUUUCAAUUGCAGUGAGAGCUUGCACUUCAAUUGGAUCGCAUACUUUUGGAGAGCAACUGCAUGCAGCAGUGACUAAACAUGGGUUUGAAUCCAAUCUUCCUGUCAUGAAUUCUAUACUAGACAUGUAUUGCAGGUGUAGUUGUUUCUCUGAAGCAAAUAGAUAUUUCUAUGAAAUGAAUCAAAGGGAUUUGAUCACAUGGAACACCUUGAUCGCGGGAUAUGAAAGAUCCAAUCCAACUGAGUCUCUAUAUGUAUUUUCAAUGAUGGAGUCAGAAGGUUUCAGUCCAAAUUGCUUCACAUUUACCAGCAUUAUGGCUGCCUGCGCGACCUUAGCAUUUUUGAAUUGUGGACAACAGAUUCAUGGGAGGAUUAUUCGAAGAGGCCUUGAUGGGAAUUUGGCCUUGUCUAAUGCCCUUAUAGACAUGUAUUCCAAAUGUGGAAAUAUUGCUGAUUCGCAUCAAGUUUUUGGGGGGAUGUCUCGUAGAGAUUUGGUUUCUUGGACUGCCAUGAUGAUUGGGUAUGGGACUCAUGGGUAUGGAGAAGAGGCUGUUGAAUUGUUUGACAAGAUGGUCAGUUCAGGUAUUAGGCCUGACCGAGUCGUGUUUAUGGCCAUUCUUAGUGCUUGCAGUCAUGCUGGACUUGUAGAUGAAGGCUUGAGAUAUUUUAAAUUAAUGGUGGGUGAUUAUAACAUUAGUCCAGACCAGGAGAUUUAUGGGUGUGUCGUGGAUUUGCUAGGACGUGCUGGGAAAGUUGAGGAAGCUUAUGAACUCAUAGAGAGCAUGCCAUUCAAGCCUGAUGAGUGCGUUUGGGGGCCAUUUCUUGGAGCUUGUAAAGCACACACGUUUCCCAAUUUGGGAAAAUUAGCUGCUCACAGGAUAUUGGAUCUGAGGCCUAAUAUGGCAGGGACUUAUGUGAUGCUAUCAAAUAUAUAUGCAGCUGAUGGUAAGUGGGGGGAGUUUGCAAGACUGAGAAAGUUGAUGAAAAGAAUGGGAAAUAAGAAGGAGACUGGUAGGAGCUGGGUCGAGGUAGGAAAUCAUGUCUAUAGUUUUGUUGUUGGGGAUGAGGUGGGCUCCAAAAUAGAGGGGAUAUAUCAAGUUCUGGAAAAUUUGAUUGGGCAUAUGAAGGAAUCAGGGUAUGUUCCUGAUUUAGAUUGCUUGAUAUAUGACUUAGAAGAUGGCACUUGAGAAGCAGUUGAAGUCCAAUAGGUGAGAAAACCAUAUGCAAAUGGGGGAUUGAAGAGUCAUUUGAUUUUUAUGAACAACCCCGAAGUGGGUACUGGCAAGAAAGUUUCGAGGUAAAUUGACCUUUCCGUCUUUGAAAGAGAUCCUAUUUUAUUAUAACAGAGAAGAAGAAUGAUCUGUAGUAGUAACCUGAUGGUGUGCAACAAAUAAGACAUCCUGUCAGAUCAGCAAAGACCAUUGUUUGUAUAUACAAAAUUCAUAAUGUACUUAUCUUAUGACCUUAAUUUGUACUACAACACAUUAAUAACCAAAGAGAAAUGCAUUGAAAUAUUAUUCUUCAA